CCGUCGACAAAGAUCUCACGCAGGAGUCCUAAACUUCUAAGUUUCUUAGUCCAUAUUGUUUGCUUAGUUACGAUGUUCUGAUGGAUACAAAAUCAUUAAAACAAACAUCAAAUAAACUCGUUCUCCUGGAAAACCCUACUCCUAAGGCUAUAAAUCAUACCCACGGAUCAGAAUUGACGCUGCAGGCCACAUGGGGUGACCCGUUCUUAUUUACUGAAGAGCUACGUGCUUAUGGUGUUUCCGGACAAAUACGUACAUUUUGCCUGAAAUCCGAAAUUGCUAACCUGUUUUAGCUGACUGAUUGAAACGAUAUGCCUCUUAAAAAAGGCACGCAACAGAAUGCAUUUGACGUAUGGUCACCUUUAGAGUAUAUGUAACUUUAUCCGCUCAUCCGAGCACGAUUCAGUACUGCGGUGAAAUCAAGCAAGCCGAGUCAGCCUGUUAUGUUAUGAAUUGAGCACAGUCCUCGCGGGACAUGAUUUAAUCCCUAUCAGAGACAACGCAUUUUAACUGGUUGAUAACUGAGUGCCGUGUGAAUACAAGACAGCUCGUGGAGCCAAUCCACUUUUUUUUUUAGAGGUUUUGCCCUUUGGCUUUCGGUAAUCCUCUACCCAGGGAAUUGUCUAACUGACGCCACGAGGCGACAACUGUGAGUAUUCUUGCAAUUGUACUCGGUUGUAAGUCGCAAGGGCACAAACGGAAGAGUUAGGACCUACAUACAAAAUAAAACAUAAAGGAAGGGAGGUUAAAGAAGGGAAGAACCUCGACAGCACCAAUAUUCCCAGAAAAUGACAAACUCCUCGUUAGCAAAUGAAGGCAACGGCAGCACUAUGGCCAAGUGCGGAGGCAGCGGGCUGGGGGAUAGUACAGUGUCAUUACAAGCAACCUUAACCCUACUGUAUGCAAUCAUCUUUCCCGUCGCCCUUUUGGGAAACUCGCUUGUUCUGUAUGUGGUCUUCAAGAGACAGAGCAUGAGGAACGUGCUGAAUCUUCUUAUUGUCAAUAUGGCAGUUGCUGACCUUCUGGUAACAAUCUUCGUCAUGCCUUGGUCUGUCUCCUAUCUCUUUGUGAUACUUCAAUGGUUUGGAGGAAUCUUUGGCAAAAUCCUGUGCAAGACGAUCCAUUUCUCUUUUACGACGUCGCUCGCAGCGUCAGUUAUCACACUUAUGGUCAUCACAGUGGAUAGAUUUCUGACAAUCGUGUUUGUAUGGAAAACUUGUCUUAACCUCAGAACUUCGAAAGUCUCUUUGGUUAUAAUCUGGAUUAUGUCGAUUGUCAUCAUGGGACAUUACCUUGAGGUUUUCAAAGUUAACCAACCACUCAAGGACGUGGGAAACGACAAUUAUUACUGUCACCCCGACUGGCAGCGAAUGCCUGCUCACUUCGACAAAUUCUUCAAUGUUACGGUGUUUGUGGCGCUCUACGCGUUUCCCUUAAUUUUGAUGGCGAUUCUGUACUCCAUGAUUAUUCAUAAGUUAUGGAGAGAAAGAAUUGCAAGCGGAGGCGACACAAAUAUUAACAGCUCCAAGAAACGAGUGGUAAAGAUGCUGAUAACAGUAACACUUGCCUUUGCGGUGUGUUGGCUCCCUCUACACAUCAUGCACUAUUACAUAUACUUUGAACCCGAGACGUUUACGUGCAUGUCGAGUUAUCUGGUGCUGAUGUCGUUCUGGCUUGGACACGCCAACAGCGCAAUCAAUCCAGUGCUUUACGUGAUUUUCAAUAAGACCUUCCGCCGAGCGUUUCUACAGGCCUUGCACAUCGAGUCGUUCAACAGUAUCCACUUGAGGACUUCCAUUGUACGGGUAACGUCAGACAGAAGGUCUUCAUCGCCCUUUACACCAACUAAGACCUCUUUCAAAAACGGAAAUAAUAACGAGGAAAGCCAUCCUUAUACUCCACCUAUCUCAAAUUCACGAUCCCACAAAGAGAUUUAUGCCUAUGGCAAACUGAUACAACGGAACGAACACUCUAAAUCAUCUAAUUCAUGCUCUGAUGACGGCAAGACAAAUCGUCGCUCCAUAAUGGUUGUAAUGGACAAAAUGACUAGUGUCUGAACUAAAUAUAAAGAAAACCAGGGACAUAACAAUAUGUACUUAUUGACCGAGUGUGGACGGGGCUGGCUCGCUGGCUGCGGUCGAUCUGUACGUCACAACCUUGAGCCGUUCCAACCAAACUCAGUUAAUAAUCAUUUUUUAUUAUUUGACCUCUAAGUGUUGAAAAUUUGAACCCAGAUUGGACGCGAUAGACGGGCACACGCAGCCACACGAGCACAAAAAAAUUCUGUAAUGAGAACUUUUCUUUUCUUUUUUUCAUGUCAGAACAAGAAACUCCUAAUUCCUUGUAAAUCGCGAUUUCUUUUCUCAUUUCUGUUUUCCUGUUUUUGUAACAAAGCGACGCGGGGGCAGCAGAGCUGGACGGUUUUUUCCGGACCAGCUCACGUCAACCCGUCCGCCCCUGCACACUUCAGCUUUUACUAUAGUUUUUUUUUAUAGGACUGCGCGAGCGGGGCCGGACGGGUCAUUUGAUAAAACGGUGUAAUGUUUAAAGUGCCAUAAUUAUUGAGAUGAAUUCCAAAGCUUAUCAUUCAAUUCUUGGUUUGAAGGACAGUAGGGUUAGAUUUGUUUCAUUCUAAGUAUCCUGUAAUUUGUAGAAGCCGAUUGUAUUUUGUGUUGUAAAUAUCCAGUGCCAUAGGUGGUGUAACAUUUUGAGAUUGCUUACAAAAAGGUGUGCUCAUAUUAACCGACUUAAAGAAUAAUCAGUGAUAGCUAAAGGCAGAAGCAAGACUGGCUAACUUAAGUGGUGUUGUGCAUUUUUACCACUGAAACGCUAGUUUGAUUGAUCUACAUUACAAAUGCUGUUUAAUUUUGUACUUAGAAAAGUGGUUUAAUUAAAAGGUUAUCUUAAGCAAAACAAGCGAGUAUGUCGAAAGAGUAGAGUGUUUUCACUGAAGUUGACAUUUUAGUUAAUUCUAUUUUUACUUUACUAGUCUAGUGAAACCAUAGUGCUAUAUUUUACUUAAAAAGCUUCAUUAAAAUGAUAGAAAGCUG